CUUCGGCGAGCCGCUCGCUGCUGCCGCUGCUGCUGCUGGAUCCGAGUGACGGAGGCUUUGGGGAUGGGGGGGCCAACAUGAACAUGUCGGUGUGGUGGGGGAGAACCGGGACGCUGCCCAUGGCCCACAAGGGGAGGACCUGCACCCAUCACCUCUAGAAAAGGAGCGGACCCGCCGCCUCUCUCAUCCUCGGGGCUGCGUUGCAAUGGACCUGGCAGGAUCCGCAGCGAGCCUGUGAUUUCAUGCGUGUGUGCGUGUGCGUGUGUGUGUGUGCGUGUGUUUUCUAGCCUCAGCAUCUGUGCAUCAUGGUAGACUGCGAAGCCACAGCGAUCCGGGCCUGAUGCAGAGCGCCGUCGGGAUGCAAGGCAACACGGCUGGACGGCAGUGGCAUCAUCGCCUUACGCGCGCAGGCUAGUGGAGCCUCGGUCAAAUGGAGCUGCUUAGACGCUGAGACUGAGCGACCUGAGCCGCCUCGCCUGCUCUGCGUUUACGCGCUUUUAUCUUAGUCUUUUUCUGCUCAGCCUGCGAGAAGAAAGUAGCCUAGGCGUCAAACCGCGACCACCAUCAGCACCACCGCCGACAACAACAACAACAACACCACCACCACCACCACCACCACACCACUGCUCGCAAAUUAUGGACGAGGAGACGAUGACCAGGAGCGAGGAGCAGCAGCAGCAGCAGCAUCUGAGUUUGCAAAAAGCCCUGCAGCAGUGCGAGCUGGUGCAGAACAUGAUCGACAUCAGCAUCUCCAGCCUGGAGGGUCUGAGGACCAAAUGUGCCACAUCCAACGACUUGACACAGAAAGAGAUCCGGACGCUGGAGGGUAAGCUGGUGAAGUAUUUCAGUCGGCAGCUCUCCUAUAAGAAUAAAGUGCCCUUACAGGAACGGAACGUGGAGCUGGACGGAUUCCCUCGCCUCACUCACUGGCUCCGCAUCGUCAACAUGAGGAAGGAGGUGACCGAGGAGAUCUCUCCAGGUGAGCUGACUCUAGAGGCGCUGUUGCAGAUGUCGGAUGAAGAGGUGUGUGAGACACUGCAGAAGUUUGGGGCGAGUGAGGAGGAGUGUGCUCGCCUGAACGCCUCCCUCACCUGUCUACGCUCUGCCCACAAAUCAGAACAACUUGAGGACGACAAAUUGCACAGUAAUGGAGGUACCAGCAGUAACCAGCCCAAACAGGACUGGUCCAUCCAGUGGCCUACGUCUGAGUCUGGUAAAGAGAACACGCCUGUGGGCGCCCCAGAGCCUGGCCAGUGGGUUCGUCUGCAGCUCACUCAAAGCCCCAAACUGCAGUCAUCCCGCUACAGCCAGCACCUGUGCCACAGCCCGCAGGCCCUGGCCCCACCCUUCUACUCCCUCCACCCUCACCCCCAGGCAGACCGGCUUACAGUGGACUCCCAUCCGGGCCUGCUGUCCUCUGGUCUGGACACAGGUCACCGUUCCCUUCCCCCGUCCCCCAGGCAGAGGCACUUUGCCCACAUGCCUCCGCGGACUCCCCUGGUGGUGAACACAAUGACCCCUCCGGGCACGCCUCCGAUCCGACGCAGGAACAGGCUGAAAGCUCCCGGCACCCCGCCGCCCUCCAGCCGCAAACUCAUUCACCUUCUGCCCGGCUUCACCGCCCUCCACCGCAGCAAGUCGCAUGAGUUUCAGCUGGGUAACCGGGUGGACGACGCCCAGACACCCAGAGCACGGAAGAAGGCCAAGCCUCUGAACCUGAAGAUCCACAGCAGCGUAGCAGGAAGUUGUGAGAAUCUGCCAACUCAGCGCUCUCCUCUGCACUCGGAUCACUCGCUCCGCUCCUUCUUCUUCCCCAGCCUGGUGCCCUCAACGCCCCCUGUCCAUGCUGUUGAGGCAUCCACAGCCAACACUCUGUCAGUUCCUCGCUGGUCCCCUCAGAUCCCUCGCAGAGACUUGGGCAACUCCAUUAAACACAGAUUUUCCACCAAGUAUUGGAUGUCGCAGACUUGUAUAGUCUGUGGGAAAGGAAUGUUAUUUGGCCUGAAGUGCAAAACUUGCAAGUUGAAGUGCCACAAUAAAUGUACCAAAGAAGCACCUCCUUGCCAUUUGCUGAUAUACCAUCGUGGAAGGAGGGACUCUUUCAAAGAUCAAGGGACAUCUCAAGCUCGUCAGCUUGUCAGGACCGAGUCAGUACCGUGUGACAUAAACAACCCCCUCAGGUACACGGACCUGCACAUCAGCCAGACUCUGCCCAAAACCAACAAAAUCAACAAGGACCACAUCCCUGUGCCAUAUCAGCCUGACUCCAGCAGCAACCCCUCCUCCACCACCUCCUCUACCCCUUCAUCCCCUGCUCCUCCCCUCCCUCCCAGUGCAACUCCUCCCUCCCCACUCCAUCCCUCUCCUCAGAGCAUCCGACAGCCCAAGCAGCCCAACCUAACAGCAUCUCAUUACUACAAAUACAAGCAGCAGUUCAUCUUCCCUGAUGUGGCCCCAGAGGUUCCUAGUAGAGCUCCUCAGGUUAUCCUCCAUCCUGUGCUGUCAGAGCCUGGUAACAAAGGUAACCCCCUGCUCCAGAUCGAGGUUGAACCUACUUCAGAUAAUGAAGAGGGGAAUGAUGAAGCGGGGGAUUCGGCCGAUGAAUUUGAGGAGAUGAACCUGUCUCUGCUGUCGGCGCGCAACUUCCCCCGCAAAGCCAGCCAGACCAGCAUCUUCCUGCAGGAGUGGGACAUCCCCUUCGAGCAGCUGGAGAUCGGAGAGCUGAUAGGCAAGGGCCGCUUUGGGCAGGUCUACCACGGACGCUGGCAUGGUGAGGUGGCCAUCCGCCUCAUCGACAUUGAGCGGGACAAUGAGGACCAGCUGAAGGCCUUUAAGCGGGAGGUGAUGGCGUACCGAAACACACGGCAUGAGAACGUGGUGCUGUUCAUGGGCGCCUGCAUGAGCCCUCCGCACCUGGCCAUCAUCACCAGUCUGUGUAAAGGGAGGACGCUUUACGCAGUAAUAAGAGACGCUAAAGUCAUCCUGGACGUCAACAAGACCAGACAAAUCGCACAGGAGAUGGUGAAGGGCAUGGGCUACCUGCAUGCCAAAGGAAUCCUUCACAAGGACAUGAAAUCUAAGAACGUCUUCUACGACAAUGGCAAAGUGGUCAUCACUGAUUUUGGACUCUUCACCUUGUCUGGUGUUUUACAAGCAGGCAGUAGGAGAGAGGAUAAGUUGAGGAUUCCCAGUGGUUGGCUGUGUCAUCUCGCCCCUGAGAUUAUCCGUCAGCUCUCUCCAGAGACAGCAGAGGACCAGCUCCCCUUCUCCAAACAGUCUGACGUCUUUGCCUUCGGCACUAUCUGGUAUGAGCUGCAUGCGCGAGAGUGGCCUUUUAAGAACCAGCCGCCGGAGGUGAUCAUAUGGCAGGUGGGCAGUGGCAUGAAACCCAACCUCACUCAGAUCGGCAUGGGCAAAGAGAUAUCCGACAUCCUGCUGUUCUGCUGGGCGCACGAGCAGGAGGAGAGACCCAGCUUCUCCAAACUGGUGGAGCUGCUGGAGAAACUCCCCAAACGCAACCGCCGCCUCUCUCAUCCCGGACACUUCUGGAAAUCAGCUGAGCUGUAGCAGUGACGGACUACUCCUCUUUUUGCCUCUCUCACCACAACAGUCCAAACGUUCCUCUGUCUGUCCACCAAACCUCAUCACCAAUCACAUCUGACAGAAAAGCUGCCCAUUGGCUUUGCUGUGGUCUUUACAAAGGGGGGGUAAUAACACGCUAACUGCAGAGAAGCCAUUCUUUCCUGGAUGCCUAAAGCCUAGACUGGAUGACUUGUCUCUACAAUGCUCAAUCUCGGAACGGUCUCUGAUUGAUCAGAGAAUCCGAAGUGCUCCCGCGCACUACGCUCACUCUCUGCUAUGCUAUGGCUUUGAAAUCCAUCCGUUUGCUUUGAGUUCUUGCACAUCACCUGCUUUAUCCACGAUGCAUUGCACAGACGGUUCAUGACCAUUGGCGCCUCACGUCAGCGGCCUCCUUUCUGCACAUGAUAUGCAAACAUUUGUAAUUUGAGAGUAAUUGCUGCCGUUAUUGAAAAGAACCCUCCUCGGAUCCUGUAUGUACAUGUACUUUAGCUUGUACAUGCAUGCACUGACCUGCACCAUCUUGGAUAUAGCAUUCAUAUCCAAGUUUUCUUCUUACUUCAUGCUGUGAUCCAUCCCGAAUGUAGAAUGUUCUGUAUAUUUCAGAAAUAAGCGCUGUCUUCUCUGGCUGAUUCCUGUAUUACGUUGAAGAGAUCAAGGAUCCGGGCCCUGAUUUCCUUAUGUCAUUACUGACACUGUUGCCAGGUGGGAAAAUGAUCUCACUGACAUUUCAUGGCUGUCAUAAGUAAACCUCAACACCAUUUUUUGACUUCUUUUUUCUCUUAUUUUGAAAAUGCCAGCUGACCCUUUCAUUGUGUGAACACUUCAGGACAAAUGGGCCAAUAGAAAUGGUCCAAAACUGCUUAAAGGGCCCAUCACUGAACGCAAAAUUUACCUUAUUUUUUACUUGAUGUAGUAUUUAAUUUUUUAUGUGUGCAAAUGUACUUUCACUCCCCAGUCCAUACAAUUCAUAUAUAAAACUCGGCUGCAAAGCAAGGCUAUUUUGAAUUCAGUGUCUGUGAAUAUAUUUAUGCCAUUGACCACCUAUUCAGCCUAUGUCUUGCCCCACCCAUUCAUUUUGAAGUCAUAAGGAGUGUUGCAGUCCUGACUGCUCUUUGAAUGAGACACAAAGAGCAGAGCUUAUUUACUUACAGUACUGUGCAAAAGUUUUACUUACCUAUGAAAAUUAGACUAAAACAUUUAUCUGGCCAGUGGGCAUCAUUAGAGGCUUACGGACAGGGGGCUAAGUCUGUAUUAGGGAGCCCCAAAGGUCUGUUCAUUGGACAGCAACAGUCAAAAAAUUGACCAAGUAAUGGCUAUUUGGUCAAACAGGCACAAAGUAGAUGUGUCUCUUUGUAGUUUGGAGAGCUAGUAUGCCUUAAACACUCUUUCCAUCCAUGUACAGCAAAGACAGAUCAAGCACAGGUACUGAAGUCAAGCAAUGCUAUCUCCUCUUACUUAGAAAAGCUGUAAGGUCGCCAAGUACACAGAUCAUAGAUCAGCUCGGUCUCAGUUGGUGCAAUCAGAAAGAGUGUGAUUUUGCUCUGUAGGCAUGUUUAAUAAGCUAAGUGACAGAAUUUCAUGGUCAAAGUGACAAAAGUAUUUUCUCAGUUAAAUUAAAGUUGGUAUUAUUUUAAAUUGAAAGCUUCAACAGCUCCCUCUCGCUUUCUUAUUGAUCACUUACCAUCACAGUUUACUAAUACUGAGGAGAAAUAUAAAAAAUACCAUUAAUUCUAGCUCUUAAACUAGUUGGCUUGCCAACUAGAUAUUGUUAGUGUUAGCCUAACUCUGUAAACCCAAACUUAGCUAGCUAAAACCCGACAGCCAGCUUUAUGACUAUAAUUUGCCAUAAAUGCAUAUGGAAAGGUUGGCCAAAUAACAUUAAGGGGGUCCAAAGCAUCCCUAAAACUGGCCUAGUGAUGUCCCUACGACCCACCACUUGUAGUCAACCUGCAAUGCCAGUGAAAACUUGUUUACAGUAAAUCAAGUGUGCUUGUGAUGAGAUUCAAGCGAUGACUGGGGGCAUCAAGGAGAAAUCUGUAACCAAGCUUUGUCCUUCAAAAAUAACUCACAAGCUGCUACUUUUUGGAAGUUAGGAAAUUCGUACUUUUGACUAAAUUUAUGUUUAUUUGUGUUUAUUCUAAUGAUACACAGUAAUUGUACAAGAGCAAACAUAUUUAUUGCCCAAACAAAGGUUUUUAAAUAAUAGGCCUAAGUGCCUAAAACCUCUGUAUGGUACUGUAUACCAGUCUUAAAGGCACAGUAAUGAAACACCCUGAUUAAUUCAAAGAGAUAAAAGAGAGGUUGAGGAUGGUUACAUAGAAAUUAAGAAUGGACCUCAACAGAAAAAACUAAAUACAUGAAAAUGUAGAAUAUGGGCCCUUUAACAAUCUUUAUGUAUAAAUGUUUUCUUUCCUCUAUAAAGAUGCAAGGCUUUGCUACGACAGAAACAAUUUACUGUCAAGGUAUUUAUUUCUUUUUAUUAUUAUUUGCUGGUGGAGUUUCUCUGAUAUAACUCACCAGAUGAUUCUAAGUGGGGUAGUGACAGGUGGGACGUGGAAUAAAGUUAAUUGUGUGUAUUUGUGUGUGUGUGCACACAUGUGUGAACCACCCCCUCCUCUAGUGUAAGUGUGUAUGUAUGUGCAUGUACAGUGGCCCCCAAAAGUAUUUCAACUUAGUUGAAAUAGUUCGACUUUACUUUGGACAAUUUAUCCAUAAAGUGGUAUUUCAAAGAAAAACUCUUUACACUUUUAGCAUAACAUCAAACUGAUGGUAGACUCCAGCCAGACUGCACUAACACCACUGUAAAGAUUUACAUGAAGGAUGUAAAUCUGCAGAAUUUGCAAAGAAGCUGCUCAAACGAUGCCGAUCUGAAACAAACCUGAUGCAUUUUGAAAGAAUGAUUUUCCAAAAGAAAGCUAUAGUCAUCAAAACUCAUUGCACUGUAGAUGGACUGCUGCUUGCAUGGACCACAGAGUGUAUUGACAGAUGAAGUAAGAGCCCACUUUUCUUUAAACUGAGAGGCUGUCGACUUAUUUUCUUAACAACUAGAUUACAGUAUAGCAGGCUAAACAGGCAUAAUAGCUAACAGGCUAAGCUGUUUUUCUAUUUAUGUUCAAGCAAGGCGUCAGUGUUUUACUUGAAAGUUUUACAAACUUUAGGUAUCCAUAUUUUGGAUUAGAUCUGCCAGAAGUUUAUUAAACCAAGUGUGAGAAACAGAUGAGUGCCUUGUUGUUAACACAAGAAGUCACAUAGAGGAGCUAUCAUAGUGAACAUUAGCAGAUGGAAUGGUAAUUUGGUGGCACAACUGCUAAUAAGAUGAAGAUUUCUGCAUCUCCAUCUGUAGGGGCCCACUUAGAGCUUGACUAGUGGCCCCCAAUUGGCUGCCCCUAACUGAGCCUUGACUAAGUGAGCCUUUUGUGAGGGUUUGUUAAAGUUCACCAUAUUUCAGAACACUAGUGUCCACACUGGACCACAUUCCAGAAUGGUGGUGCAGGUCAGAUGCACACUAGCCCAUCCAGGGCCAGUUUGGGAUUAUGUGGCAUUGCCCAAGCCCACACUGCCCACAGUUAGCCCACAGUGGACCAAAUCAGGGACUGUUUGCUAGGAAAAUCAAAAAUAUACAUACACAUACUGCAGUAUAAAAUGAUGGGGGGCGCUGAAACAUCUUGUGCUAAGUCAGCAGUGCAUGGCUGCUUGGUAACAACAGCAUAAUCUGAGCCAGCGAUUCUCAAAGCAAUCCUCCAGAUUUUUGCUUCAACAUAAUGUUCAGUGCCCAGGGAUAAAGCGAGAAUGUGGACCAUCUGGGGAUCCCUGAGAGCCACUACUCUAAACAAACCACUAUAUAUUUCAUAGUGGAAGAAUUGUUUAUUGGGAUUAUUAUCAUUUAUAACCUAAAUUAUUUAUUGAAACUUUAUUUGACCGGAUUGAAGUUGUUUUAUAAAAGCAGUAAGCCCUGAUAGGCUGUGCAUUACAGUGAUUUCACCUCAGGUUAGGGGGGUUUCAGAAACCUGCUUCGCAUUCUGCCUGAGAAUAGAUACAAUCACAGUAACACAUGGCUUCUUGUGGCUUAUGGCUUGAUUUAAAUAUGGCACAAAUCUCAAAAAAUCGCAAAUACUUUUUGGGGCCAGUGUAUGUGUACGUAAAGCAUCCCACUCCCUGUGUGUGCGUGCCCACAUCCCACAGUUUUCAAGGGUCCCUCAGAACCCCAAAUUGAGGUGCAUGGAAUGGAAUGAAUAGUGCGGAGAUGACAGUGAUUGUACCACCAUGUACUCAAUCACUUAUGGCUGUGCGCUUCAGUCUGGGGCGCUGAGGCACACCUGUGUGAUGUAUCUCAUCAAAAACAACUUAAUUACUCAUAAUGCAAUGUCAUUGUGUUUCUCACUGCGAGUUCAUUUCCUCUGAUAGACAGCUGAAUGUAUAAUACCACACAGUCUUUGGUGCAGAAGUGCGGACGUUCAUGUCCACCCUGUUUUGGGUAAUAUUUUCCUGUACUUGGGGAAUGAUUCACUUCUUUGAUAAUUAGCAAAUAAUUCAGAUUCCUCCAAUUAGACUAAAGAACCCUGCAGCAGUAGCAGCAUCAGCUCCAUUAAUGAUCUCCAUCCACUGUCGACUCUAAUUGAGGUGCAUAACACACGUUCUCGUUCUUGCUCUCACCCUCCUUGCAGUCUCAUUUGCAACACAAUUUAGCCAUCAUUGACAGCACACUGUCGUUUCAUAUUCAUGGAUGAAAACACUCAUUCUGAUUUUGAUAUCUUCAUUGUUUUUUUUCAUUUUCGGUGCACAUUUCACUGAGGAUCGACUCUUCCGACAGUGCGCAUUCCUUGUAUAUAAUUAGUGUUCGACUGUACAUUGACCUGGUUAUGGGUUGAAACCUCAUUUGCUUUGAUUUUGAUUGAAUUUCCUGAGUCUCUCUCAUCUGAUGGUAGCACUGGUACCCAGGCUGAGACAGAGCGUGGGCGGGGGGGCGUGGAGAAAAGCCAAACCUGUUGCUGCUGCUGCACUAUUUGGCCCCAAGUCCUCCAUAUGUGCUUCACAAAGCUUAGCGCAGAGAAAAACCAAGGGGAGAGGAAAAAUUCUCCCAGGCACUAGUGAAAAAAAGGGGGGAUAAAGGGAAAAAAAGGCAAAGCUGAGCUAUAAAGAGCUGAAUGUCACAAGAGAGUCUAAUCUCCAUCCUUGAAAUAUUUACAGAGAAGCAAGAAUUUAUUGUAUUUGUUUUUCAUUUGCAAUGUUUGAUAAUGUUCAAAGAAAAUAGAAAUGAUGAAUUCUGAAAUGUUCUUAACUUUAUUUAUAUGUAAGUAAUAAUGUAUGCUUAUAUAUAAUUUAUAAAUCAUAUACAGAGUACUCAGCGCUGUGCAAAAGUCAGAGAUUACCCUUUAUUUAUUUUUAAUUUUUAGUUAAAUGACCUCACUGACUGAAUAUAAUAUCAGCUUUUUCAGUAUUUCGUGUGUCCACAUUCUUUUCAUUAGAUUUUCUUAGUUGGUCAAAGAAAUAAACCUUGCUGGGAUGUUUUUCCACACCUCCAACGUUCCAUCUUAGACACUGGUUACUUUUUCUGCUUCUCAUGAGCCAAAUAAAUACAAACUCAUUCAAUGAUGUUGAGGUCUGGACUUUGGGAUGGACAGCAGCUUCUUUGUAUGAUUACAGAUGGAAGAGGAAAGUGAAAAGAAAAUAAGUGGAAAAAAACAAGAGGCUCCAAAACUGGAGUUGGAUGUGAUUAAAAGAUACAGAGAGAACGGGACCCCUAACAAACACGUGAGACCUGAUAGACCCCCAAAACUGUCACCAUCAGAUAAACAGCACUUAAAGCUUUUAUGUUUGAGAGAGAAAAUCAAGCUCCAUGGUUACUUUAGAAAAAAUCCACAGAUGUUUCUGUCGACCAGAGGAGGAUGGGGUCCCUUUUGAGUUUUGGUUCCUCUCAAGAUUUCCUCCUCUUGUUCUUAGGGAAUUUUUCCUUGCUGCUGUUGCUAUUGGCGACGCUUGGACCUGUUGUUCUGUAAAGCUGCUUUGCGAUAACGUCUGUUGUAAAAAAGCGCUAUAUAAAUCGUUGUUGGAAGAAAACUUACUUUACUUUUAAUCUAAGUCAAUGGAACCAGAGUUUCUUAAUGUCAU